CUAUUUUGGGCGCCGGGCUGCCGUGACAGGUGGGCUCCGACGGCGUUUUUAGCAUGCUCCUCACCAAGUGCGCCUCAUGUGCUGCCGAACUUGGCUUAACUUCGGGGAAGAAAUGCGGCCGCUGCGCUACACGCUACUGUGGCCCUGCAUGCCAGGUGCAGCAUUGGAACGAAGGCGGGCACGACCAGCUCUGCAAGAAAAUUAAGCGAGGCGGUGGCGCCGAACAAUAUCAUGCAGACAUGAUGUGCACGGUGGCCGUCGCGGUCGCGGUCGCUAAGUGCGUGGACGACACGAAUGGCCAGACGUGCUACAUCUGCACGGAGGUCGUCCAUCGGCGCACGGGAGAAGGUCUCGUGCGCGGAUGCGCAUGUGGAGAUCGUGACGGCGUCGCUUCCGGGACGGCGGGCGUCGUGCACGUGGCGUGCUUGGCGGAGCAGGCGAAGCUUUUGUGUGACGAGGCCGAGGAGAAUAAUUUGGACUGGGAUGCGAAGAGUGAGAGAUGGGCGCGGUGGUACACUUGCAGUCUCUGCGAGCAAAAAUACCACGGCGUCGUCCGGUGCGCGCUCGGGUGGGCGUGCUGGAAAACGUACGUGGGCCGGCCGGAGGCAAACUGGGCUCGACGUGCCGCGACGACGGAGCUCGGGUGCGGUUUACACUCUGCAGAGCACUACGAAGACGCAUUGACCGUCAGAGAGGCCGACCUGGCUCUAGCGAGGCGCUUUGGCGAAACGCGCAACAUGCUCGUCAUGCUGAGCAAUCUUGCGAGCACAUAUGAAGAGCUUGAACGACGACCUGAAGCCCUGCCGAUGCGGCGAGAGGUAUACUCUGUAACUUUGCAGCUUUAUGGUGAAGAACAUAUCGAAUCGCUCAUAGAAGCCAACAACUACGCGGGGAAUCUUAGUAGUCUAAGGCGCUUCAAAGAAGCCAAGUCUUUGAUGCGGAAGACAAUACCCGUCGCGCAGCGUGUUCUCGGGAUGUCGAAUGACCUCACGCUCAGAAUGCGGUGGAUUUAUGGGGACGCGCUCUACGAGGCCGACGGCGCCACGCUCGACGAUCUCCGCGAGGCAGUGACGACGCUCGAGGACACGGCACGGAUCGCGCGUCGCGUGCUCGGCGGCGCUCAUCCGUUCACCGUGCACAUUGAGCGAACCCUACAAAACGCGCGGUCGAAGCUCGUGUCCUUCGAGGCGCUCUCCGAGAGAAUGCGCGACCUAAGCGUAAGCUAGACUACUACG